UGUCACUCCAGGGUGUAGACGAAUUUCUCCUGCAGCCGCUUUUCAGGGCCUUUUGUUAUUUGUUUCAUCAUUUUAAGAUGCUACAUCUCAAGCCUUUAUUCUAUCCAUCUCUGUGAUGCUGGUAUCAUCAUUUAAUAACCCCAUUUGAUGAAGGAUAUUUGACCUGUCAUUUCCUGUACAACACCUGAUACACUUCGAGUCUGCGAAACCUGGUCGCCUCUCAGUUCACCCUCUCUAUCAUGACGCCAUGUCUCUGACAGAGCAGCAACUGUUUGCCAUCUCGGCCACAGAGCGAGUCUGCUCUGCUGUCUCUUUGAUCGGAACCGGUAUCAUUGUUGUCACUUUCAUCGCAUCGAGUUCCUUUCGCAAGCCCAUCAACCGUCUGGUGUUUUACGCCUCCUGGGGAAACACCAUGGCAAACAUUGCGACUCUCAUCUCCCAGUCGGGCAUUCACCUCGGUACCAGUAGUUUUCUGUGUCAGUUUCAAGCAUUCUUGAUUCAGUGGUUCAUGCCUGCCGACGCCUUGUGGACUUUUGCCAUGGCAUGCAAUGUCUACCUGACAUUUUUCCACAAAUACAAUUCGGAGCAGCUGCGGCGAUUGGAAUGGAAGUACGUCGUGUGCUGCUACGGUUUGCCAUUUAUACCUGCGUUUGUGUAUUUCUUCAUCGAAACCAGGGAAAGAGGUAGGAUUUAUGGUUCAGCUAUACUUUGGUGUUGGGUUGCUCUAUCAUGGGACUAUCUUCGAAUCGCACUUUUCUACGGUCCGGUUUGGUUCAUUAUAUUCCUAACCUUUGCCAUAUAUGUGCGUGCUGGCCGGGUCAUCUACCAGAAGCGACGCCAGCUUCGUGAUAUAGGUGGUCUUGAUUCGUCGUUUGAUGCCGAAACCGCACUCGAAAUGUCUUUCUUCAAAACAACAGAGAUCCAAGUAACGAGUGAGGCAGCGGUCUGCUCCGCAAGGCAGGGUGAAAGCGCCUACCGAGCAUCGCCAACAUCUUCCAAAUCGCCCUACGAUCCGUACUCCAUCACAAUUGAAGCUGGGGGUAGUUAUGAGAAGAACGAUGGUGUUUCUAAUGGACCCACGAAGAAGGAACAGCCGGAUUUACCUAGCCAGCGCCGCAUCAGGGCUUCCGAGGCCAACUCGGCUGCGUGGGCAUAUACAAAAUACGCAAUGCUCUUCUUUAUCGCGCUCCUCGUUACCUGGGUUCCAUCAACGGUUAACCGAGUAUACGCUCUGGCCCGCCCCGACGCUUUCAUAUUCAGUCUAAACUAUGCCUCGAGUUUUGUUCUACCUCUGCAAGGGUUUUGGAAUAGCAUCAUUUAUGUCUCCAUCUCAUGGCCUGCAUGCAAGUCGCUACUUUCCGACAUCAAAAGAAGAUGUCAGAGAGUCAUUGGACUGCAUCAGGAUUCGAGGUCUCUCCCUCAUCGCACCGCUACAGGUAGCAGGAAGAGGGAUUCAAAAAAGCCUUCUGGGUCAUUUGGAAAUGAAAGCACUCAGGAGUUGACUAUCUAAAUUAUUUGUCAAUAACCAAUAAUAUUGUGUUUGAUCUCAUAAGAGUUGAUCCUUUCGUACAUCUCAGCAUUUGAUGCCGAAAAUACUUUAUGCUCCCG